UUUUAUUUUCAAGAUGGCGGAUGUCUCUAUGAAGAAGGUGAAAGAUCUGAUUACAAAAAAAGAUGCAAUUGAACAGGAAAUUAAGGAGUUUCAGGACGUCUUAGACUCACAAAAGGGAGUUGGGAUGAACGAAAAGUUGAUUGACGAAGAAAAUUACCCUCGUUCAGACAUUGAUGUCUAUACCGUACGAGUCGCAAGAAAUCGAAUCAUAUGUCUUCAGAAUGACCACAAGGCGCUGAUGAAAGAAAUAGAAGAAGGUAUUCAUGAAGUACAUGCUCAAGCACGAGAACAAAGAGAUAAAAAAGAAACUCAACAAGACCAGGAAAUGGAAGAUAUUUCAACCAAACUAAAAGCAUUUCUCAGAGUAGAUUCAGUAGCUGAUGGAUCACCUUCAUCCCAAGCUGGAUUGAAAGUUGGCGAUUACAUCUUAAAAUUUGGUUCCAUCAAUGCUGGAAACUUUCACAGCCUUGUAGAUAUUGCUUCUGUUGUACAGCAUAGCAAAGGGAGGCCAAUGAGUGUAACUGUCAAAAGAGGAGAGAAAUCACAGAUAAUAUCUCUUACCCCAAACAUAUGGAGUGGACAAGGGCUUUUAGGUUGCCAUAUUGUACCAGUGAAAUAGAUGCAACUUUUUGAAAGUUGGUUGGUGAAACAACAAGUUAUCAACAAAUAAAAAGUAUGCCAUUUACAGUCAAGCAAAAAUUGUCCAUUUAUUAAACCCAGCUGUGUUAAAAAAGUUACGAAGAGGUCAACUGUUCAUCUCAGCCAGAGCAUCAGCAAAUUGAAAGGAACACCACUUUUCUGACCUGGGGUACGCAUUUGGCAGUUUGGGGUGCACAUUUGGCAGUUUGGGGUGCGCAUUUGGCAGUUUGGGGUGCACAUUUGGCGGUUUGGGGUGCGCAUU